ACCAGCUAGCCAUGGCUAGCUCGGCGGCAGCUCCCGUUGAAUGAAUCGUCCAACUUCUUGGGUCAACCACCCCCCGUCCAAGUCCAGCCAUGGCCAUCACCCCAAUCGACUACUUAUACGCCUCGCCCUCAGUUUCACAUGCCGCAAUUCCCGUGCUCACUGCCCACCUAGCUCAUCCAUCUCCAGAUCUCUGCGUGCCUCUAGAAGCUUCCAGAGGUUUCCAGAAGACAUACGGAAGUUCUCUUCUCUGCGCCAUGGGCAACGGACUCUCUCCGUGCGUCAGCGUGCCGGCCGGGGCGGAUGCGCCGGCCGCGGCAAGGCUGGUGUACUGGGGUGGGCGGACGAGGGCGCUGCCGGUCACCGACGACGAGGAGGAGGGCGAGGGGAACGGCGGCGUCUCCUGCACGGCCGCGGACGUGACGGCGGAGCUGCUCCCGGGGGACCACGUGGUCUGCCCGGCCGACUCCUUCUUCGUCGGCCUCCCGGUCCCCGUCGCGUCGCCGGGGGAGCGGCUGCUGCCCGGCCGGACCUACUUCGUGCUCCCCCGGCGCCUCCUCUCCUCCCCCUCCCCCGGCGGCAACGGUAACGGCAAGGCGGCCGUGCUCACCGCGGCCACGCUCGCGUCGCUGUCGGCCGCGCCGGGGGGCAGGAAGACGGUGCAGCUCGCCGGCCCCGGCCAGUGCCCGUUCGAGUACGUCAAGGGCGGCGAGGACGGCGCCGCCGCGCUCAUCCGGGUCCUGCCGCAGUUCAUCGAGAAGGUCAUCACCUGCGACGGCGCCAACGGCGACGGCGACGCUGCCGGCCGGCGCGGGUCGGGCAAGGCGGCUGCGUCCGCGACGGAGCUCUGCAGCACGCCGGAGCUGAAGCGGCACUACGCGCAGCUCGUCGGCGCCAAGGGCCGGACGUGGUCGCCGAGGCUGGAGACCAUCUCCGAGCGCAGCAAGAGGAGGAUCUUCCCGUCGCCGGCUAGACUGCUGCUGUCCUCGCAAUAAUAUAGUAAUGAUAAUUAGCAAAUGUGCUUAGAUCGUUUCGGAUUAGAGAUUAAUUAGGUAGCGAACACAGCGUUCGAUUUUUACUUGCAUAUAGGUGGAACGGAAAUACAAAUGUACAAACUUCUCGAAAACAAAUAGAGAUGUACAGAGAAAAUUUGGAAGUGAGAGCACAUAUGUGAUUGCUA